AUGAAGACAUCUUCAAAUCCAGCAGCAAUAAACCUGGAUGACGUGGACCUGACGAAUCUACAGCAGCUAAACAACAUAUUAACCAGUGAUAGUGUAAAAACGCUGGAAGAUGGUGCGGAUAGUGAGGAUGGGUUAGAUUUUGACGAUGACAGCCUUGCGGACCCUGAUUUUCUACCCGAACUGGAAACAUUCGAAGAUGACAAUGUGGCGUUGGACAUUGACAUGGAUUCUCUUAUCGAAACUUUAGAAGAUGACCACGAAAACCCAUCGAAUAGCGCAGAAAUUUCCCCAUCAAACGUAAGUGUUCCUCAGCUUUCUCCAGCUCAAGACAACCAACAAAUGAGCAAAGAACAAUCCCAAGGCAAGGACCUUCCCAGAAACAACCCUGAACAUGACCGAAUUUUCAAAAUAAGACCGGUGGUGGACUCUUUGAAUGAGGUCUACAGCAAAGUUCCAUUGGAAGAGCACCUUUGCGUUGACGAACAAAUGUGCUCCACUAAAGCACGAAAUACGUUAACGAGAUACAAUUCCAACAAACCACACAAAUGGGGUUACAAAAUCUUCGUGUUGAGUGGCGUUUCUGGAUUCGCCUAUAAAACUGAAAUUGAAACUGGUAAGGAGAAUGUUGUCCUACAAGAAGAGCCUGAUUUAGGUGCAUCAUCCAACGUCGUCACAAGACUAGCGCGCAUUAUUCCAAGACACCAGACUUUCCAGCUCUAUUUUGAUAAUUAUUUUACCUCUCUUCGUUUGUUGGAGUAUUUGGCUAAAGAAGCAUCAAGCAUUUUAUCAUCAGCAGAUUUUCGUCAGGAGGUUGCAGUGACCCUAUGUAAAAUGGGUACAAAGUCUGGUAUGUCUGGCCGGCGUUCGCUGGAGACCGAGAUUCAAGCCAAAAAGCGCAAAGGACCUGCACAAUACGUACCGCCAAUGGCAGUACGCCAAGACCAGAUAGGCCACUGGCCGCAAUGGUCUGAAAAAAAAAAUGAGAUGAAAGCUUUCAAACGAGAUUUGUAUCGUGUUUCUGCGAUCAGUCUGGCCAAAAUGGCGGCGAGUAUAACACGUGAUGUCCGCGUUCGCGUCAAAGCUACAUAUUUCGACGAAAAUGAUGGCCAGAACUCCUGGAGUCGCAAACAUUUUGGUGAUAACUACGAUAUAAGUUAUUGUUGGGGUAUUGUAAGAAAGGUAGAAAACAACUAUGCUAGGGUAUAUUCAGAAAUUGACAAAAAAAAUUCAUUGGUGCCCGUUGGAGUUCUGAUUGCUGAUAUCGAAAAUGAUAAUUUAUUGGAAGCAAAUACCAAUGAAGAAAAUUCAUCAUCUGAAUCGGGCUCUUCAUCUUCGAGUGAAGAUGACGAGACAACUGUUUCAGUACAUACGACUCCGUGUAUGAGCAGCGUAACAAAUUCUGCUGCUGGAAAUACAACCGUUGUGAAGGGAGUCACCUGGACUUUUCAUGAAGCAAUACGUGUGUACAGUUAA